AAAAGGGAGAUGGUACCCUCAGGGUGCUGCCCUGCUCCAUCAUCACAGAGGCUAAUAGUGAAUCAUGAAUCAUCAGUAAGGGCCCUCAGUCGAAGCUUAGAUUGUUUAUUACAGACAAGUAAAUUGGUCUACCUUGUUUCCCACAGUGGUCAGGUUUGACUUGCUGACAUUCGAGUAAAAUAUUCAAGUUGUUUGUAACAACGUAGCAGAACCGGUGGCCUAAUUUGGGGGCUGUGAGGUUAGCUAGCCAAACCUAUCAAGCUCAGUUAGCUAAACUUGUUAACACUUUUGUGAAAGAUGGCUGACAACGGAUCACACCCAGCUGAAGAGGACCCAGCUGCAGCUUUUCUCGCCCAACAGGAGAGUGAGAUAGCAGGGAUAGAGAAUGACGGCGACGGAUUUGGGGCGUUGGAAGGAGUGGAUGGUCAAGAGUCGUCUCAGCCUCAGCCGGUCAACUAUGACAUCUUCGGAGAGGAGCCUGCCACGAUGAACGGGGAUAUGUUUCAGGAGUCCAAUGGGCCUACAGACAACUAUGCAGCCAUCGCUCAGGUGGAUAUUCAGAGGCAAGAGCCAGAGAGUUUAAGAAAGUGGAGAGAGGAACAGAAGACUCGCCUUGAAGCAUUAGACUCGGCAUCCAAGGCAGCGGAGGCGGAGUGGAGAGAGAAAGCCAAGAAAGAGCUGGAGGACUGGCAUGUACACCAGAGUGAGCAGAUGGAGAAGAACAAGGCCAACAACAGACUCUGUCCAAGUCUGGCACGGAUUGCUGACAAGGCUUUCUACAAACAGCCCAACUCUGAUGUUAUAGGCUUUGUAGCAUCAGAGGAGGCUUUCCUAGCAGAGAGCGAUGGUGACAGUCCAGGAUCUGAAUGGGAGAGAGUAGCCCGUCUCUGUGACUUCAAUCCAAAAACCAACAAACAGGCAAAGGAUGUUUCUCGAAUGCGCUCUAUCCUCAUCUCCCUCAAACAGACACCUCUCGUUCGCUAGGGGAAGUUGAACAGAUGAUUUUGCUCUAGAAACAUUGCCUUUUGAAUUUUAUCCUCAGAUUGCACCACAAGAGUUUGUAUACCCUUGUCCUUAAAAUUUCCGGUAUGUUUAUAACCUUUAAAAACUUCCCACCUCUCUUUAUGCUUAUUGUAUUGAAAUAAUAUACUUAAUCCCAGAGAGAAGAUGAAGGACUCCUCUAUUGUUACAACAUGCUUUAGAUGGUCAGUUUUAUCACUGCUACAAUUUAGGAAAGUGUUGUUACUGUAAGUUAAAAAUUUCCUUCCCCUUUAACUUAUAAAUUGUUAUUAGGUCAACUUUACUGCAUGCCUCUGCCAAUAUUUUGGAUGUAUAAUUUUUUUAGUUAUUUUAUAAAUUUGCAUUUUGGUCAGUGUCAAACACUUAAUUAUGAAGCACCGUUGAAUAUUAGAUUGUAACCACUUAUGCCUCUCAGCAAUGUAGAGUUAUAAACACACACUCUUUGUUCACAUUUGUCGCAUUACAUCCCUAAUUACCAUAUUUAACAUAGCUAGCCUAUUUUUCUCUUUCAAAUACUUAACAAUCGGUUCAGACCAGAGGCCACAAUCUGCAGCGAUAGUCUCGACCAUAAGCUAAUCUGGUUUCUUCUCCUCCAUGAACCCGCCAUAAGAUUGUGGCCUUUAUGAUGUAGCUCUUAUUCCUGUUUGAGAACUGCAUUUAACCAUAAGGAUUUCAUCUCCAAUUUGGUAAGAUGUCAGCCAAAAAAAACCCACCAAAAACGGAGAAUUCUCCUGUCAUCUAAAUUUUCACAGGAUUAACAGCUCGUGCAAUGUCUCAUUUCACUGAUUCUUCUCAGCAGACGGUUUAUGUACCAUUUCUGUUACACCAGUACAUUUUGGAUUCCUUUUUUCUAAACAGCAGUCAAGAGGUCAGUUUCAACAGUAAUAUCUGCACAUUGUUUCACACGUUGCCUGUUUGGAUAUAAUGAAUAACGAAAACAAGUGAAUGUUAAAGGGAAAUGGAAAAUAAAAAAAAACGUGGAGUUUGAUCACCUUAA